AUGAGUGAAAAUCAACCUCCUUCUUAUGCAGCUACAAUUGAUUUAGAUAAUCCAAAUAUUCAACAAAGCCUUAAUGACACAUUUAUGAAGAAUAUGCGUCACAUUUUAUGCGAUGGACCUCUUAUGGCACAAGAAUCUUUGAUUCAAAUUGCAUCAGUUCUCUCUAAACAUCGAGAUCCAUUUGUACUGAAAUGCAUGCUUGCCUUUCUUGACAGAACUCAGAACAAUUUCAGACCGCUUAAGAAACCAAUGAAAUUUUUCCCACUUUUAACAAAUCAACUCAGCACAGAUAACGAGAUUAUUCACUCAUUUAUUUUCCAAGCAGUCAAAAUUUUUGCAAAUUCUAUAUCCCCUGAGCUUCCAGUUUUAAAUCAAAUUAUUCGCGGCUGUAAAUCCGACAAUCUCGAAAAACAAAUGUCAGCAAAGCGAUGUGCAAUGGAAUUAUGCAAGAACUACGACUAUUUCUGCUUCCAAAUCAUAAAAGAACUCAAAAUGCCUUAUGUAAUUGACAUAAUUCCAUAUUUAACGCGUUCUUAUCCAGUUAUGCAUGCUUCUGUAAAGCUCAUUAAUACUCACAUGUACUCAAAUUAUCCAUAUCUUAUUGAUUUAAUCGAUCAUACGAUUCAAUACAUCAUAAAGGCCGGUCAUUUUCCAUUAAGCACGUUUUACUUACUUAUACAAAUCCUCAACGAGCAGAAAGAGGAUGAAUCAUUUAUUCAUCUCAUUUUGAAGAAAAUUUGUCCAACAGUUAAGUUCUUUGUUCCCCAGCAGAAGGAAGCCAUGCUAGAGUUCUGCAAGGAAAUGAUAUCCCAUUACCACGUCAUUUCUCCUUAUUUGAAAAUCAUUUCUCUAAUGAACAUCACAGAUCCAUUUCUACAGACCAUUGAUGCGGACAGCUUGAGCACAUUGAUAUCCCUGAUAUAUGUGCUGCCGAGAACUGAAGAAUGGGGCGCAAAAAUCAUGGAUAAAGUUCAACAAUUCAAAAAUGAGCUGAAAAUACCAAAAUUCUUUACUAAUACGAUGAGGGCUCUCAAUCAGUAUCAAAAAGUCUUAUCGUAUGACUGCCAUUCGCAGAUCAGCAACAUCUUUUUGGAGCUUGUAAUGAUUUCAUCAGCUCAUCAGGACGCAAUCGGUGAAUUUAUCAACGAUGUGUCAAUACAAUGCGCAUCAGCAUAUAUAGAACUAUCAGAUGCCGUGCAAACUGCAACAGAAAAGUUAAAACUCGGAAUGGCCAAAAUUUCGUUUUCAUUGGAAACAGAUCCGAACGCUAAUUUCAUACCUUCUGAUCCAGGACAACUCGGAAUCGUGGCUUUCCAGAUCGGACAAUACCAACAAGCCUCUCAUUAUUUCAAUAAUCGAAGAGGAAACGGGUUUUACGAUAGUUUGAAGCUUUUUACAGAUGGAGAGCUCUCAUUCUUGGCAGGAGACUACUCCGCGGCCGCUCUACUGUAUGGCCAAGCCGAAUCUGCAUUUAGAAUCGCAGGAGAGAUGUAUUCCAUGCACUCAAUUCUCUCAAAAAUCAGAUUCUUGCAGUCUUCGCUUUGUCUACAGCUCUCCUUCUUCAAAAUGGUCCCAAAUGGAGCUGAUAUUGUUCAGUGCUUAGACGGGUUCACUGAGCUCAUGAACCUUACAGAAAUAUUCCCUUCGUACUCAAUUCUCAUUUCCCCGCAGUUUUGUUUGGCCAGCUCAGAAUGUGCUCAAAAUAUUUCUCAUAUUUCUUCAGAGAUCAGAGAAAUCUUACAAGAGCCAAACGUUGACGCCCUAUUUGACAUCAUUUCGAAGUUCAGACCUGUUCCACCAGCGUUUUUCAGACAAGAUUUCCCAAUUUCAGUUACUGGACUGAGACUUCUUAACACGGAAACGCAUGUUCCUAAGGUCGGAGACUUAAUGGUCGGAAUCGACGUAGAUGGAACUAUAGUUAACGAAGAUUACAAAGAUGCAGAGUUGUUGGUCCAAGUUUCUCAUGGAAACCGCUACGAUUACUCUACGCCAACUGUUAUUCCAUCUUCUGGAAGGUUUUAUGUCCACGAAGGCAUAUCUUUGUUCAGAAAGCCAGAAUGUGACAGAUACGAGAUGGAUAUUGAUGUUUGGGUGGAAGCAAAACUUAAGUCUUCUAGUAUAUCUUAUAUUAUUACACGCACAAAACUCAAAUUGCCGAUUGUUGAAGAUAAUUAG